UUUUCAAAAAAUGGCGCUUAGAAUUACGGAACCGUGGAUCAGGGAACGUGUCAAGUUAAAACAUGAUCAUUUAGAUGAUGUGAAAUCUCUCUCACUUCCUGGUGCAUAUAAUGAGAAGAUUUCAUCCCUGGGUACAGCUCUUCAUGGAUUCACUCGACUCAAGUCCUUAGAUCUGUCAAGGAAUUCUCUUAUGACUACUGAGGGUCUGGAGAAUCAACAAACACUGGAGUCACUUAACCUAUACUAUAAUAACAUUUCAACUUUGAAGGAUUUACAUGGGUUAAGGAAUUUGACAAAUCUAAAGGACUUAGAUCUGCGGUUGAACCCAGUCACCAAAAAUGAACCUGAUUACCGUCUGUUCCUUGUCCACAUGUUGCCAAAUCUACGGCGACUUGAUGAUAGAUCUGUGAGGGAUAGCGAAAGAAGAGCAGCCAUAAUGCACUUUACAUCUGAUCAGGCAUCAGAAUUUGAUCGCCAUUCUUCACCAAAAUCUGAAAGACCUUCAGAGAGGGUACCCUUGCCUAGAUCUGAUAUGAUUCAUAAGCUUGCUCCUUGUCCAUCAGUGCUAGAGGAAGACGAUGUGGCAGUCCUUGAUCUUAUCACACGCACUGGUGGAGACUUAAAACAGCCAAAAGCGAUCUCUGGCUCAGCAGCUAGGGUACCUGAUACUGAAGAUUAUACUAGAGAUGAACUCCACAAGAUGCUUCCAUCAAUGGCAGGACCUACUAGACACAAGACAGAUCUAAGAGACUCUUCUCAGGAUUAUAGACCACACAAGGAUAGAGUGUAUGUUCACUUUGCAGAUGAUAAAAUGAGACCAGCUGAUGAUCCAAAUCUAAGAUACACAGAUGAAACAAAUGCUUACACAACAAUAUCUACAAGAGGACAUUUCACACCAAAUCCAAGGGCAACAAAUCAUAAUACAAUACCCAGUGGGAACACUUGGUCACAUGAUCUAAGACAUGCCCUAGAAGACCCUAUAUCUGACAGGUCUGUCAAGGGUGACUUUCCCAGAUCACAAGAAAGAGGACAAGAUGUGAGUAUACCAUUGUCAGCAAGGUCAUAUGAACUGUCACCCUCUAGAAGACUACAACCAUCUCCUAAACAAUCUCAAGGACCUCUUGCGGACAAGUUGGGUCCAGGAGAUGAUAUAAGCAACAAAAGAGAGAUGCCAACACAUGACUCUUUUGCAAACUCAACAAAAAUGGAUAUUACGGACUCAUCAGGGUCUUUAGAUCAAGAAGAACUCUUAAACAAACUUCUUGACUUAGUGGACAAGUACUGGAAUGGAUCCAAAUCACUUCAUCAUCAUUCAAAGUUUCAGAGUCUUGCUCAAAAACUUCUUUCUUCCUACUUACCACCUUCCAUGGAAAGAGCUCAUUUGACACCGUCACAUGAUAAUGAUAAAGUACAAAAAGAACUGAAGGAAAGAACAGCAGAAAUAUCAAGACUACGUGACCAAAUGUCACAACAACAGACUGACAUGGAACAAUUGCAUAACAAGCUAAAAAGCCACCAAGGAUUAAAGGAUUCACUUGAUGCUGCCUCAUACGAACUGGCCUCUGUGAGAUCAAGACUUCUAGAGUUUCAGGAGGAGAAUAGUGCCCUACAAUCUAAAAUAACUGCCCUAGAGGUUGCCUCACAUGGUGCUUCAGAGCAAGAAAAACUUAUAGGUGAGCUUCAACAAAGAAAUCUUUCACUUCAGGAACAAGUUAAAUCUCUUAGCCAACAAGUUCAACAACAAAAUGUUAAUCUGGAGCAAUUACAGGAGCUCACAAACAUGCUACAAGAAAGCCACAGAUCACUAGUAUCUACAAAUGACCAUUUGCUGCGGGAACUGGAUGAGGCACGGCAGCGCCAUCAACAUGAAGUUCACCAGAUGCACUGGAGCUAUGAUAAUCUUAAAAAGACUAUCGACUGGUUACCAAAUAGUGUCAAGUAACAUUAAGACAAUCACUGGAGCCUAUUGUUCUACAACAGAUAUCUCUUCCUUAGAUAACCUUCAUAUAGAAACUAAGAUGUUUGCUUGCAAAAUAACAUAUUUAAUGAAGCGAAGAAAUAUUACAUAGCAUUUUAAUGUGAAGUUCAUGUGUCAAUUUUUGCUUAGUAUUUCUAAAUGAGUGUCUAAAACUUUAUGAAGACCCUAUGAACUGUAACUUGUAAUGAAAGUCUAAACUCAUGUCCUAAAUUAAAAGCUUGAAAUGUAAAACUUUUUCAUUACAAUUCUAUUUGAUUUUACAGGACUUCAUAUUUUCAGGCAUUAUGUGCAUGUCAAGUUAGUAAACACUCCAUUAUUAUAAUCACUGUCUUUGUAUCUUUCUGUGCCUGGGGGCUGUACAUACCUACACACAUUAAUUUUUAUUUAUUAUUUCCAAUCAUCAGUAGGUCAGCCUGAUUCUCAGAUGCUAGUUUGCCAUCCCUGCUUGUAAAACAAUCAUGUCAAACCAGUGUGUAUGCAUACAGUAUAUUACAAUAAAGUUUUGAACUGAUCAAAAAAUUGUAUACAGGGAAGAUGUUUGGUCAUGAUAACUUAUUUCUUAGUUUCAUUUGUUUUUCUUUAUAAGGAUCACUCCAGUCAGUUGUCACAACAUAUUUAUUUGCUAAAGCACCCAACCUUGAGAGAGCACCACCCUUUUGGAAGAAAGAGUUAAUAGGCAUCUAGCCUAGACAGGAGUUUGGUUUCAUUCUGUUGGAACAACUCACAUGCAAUGGUGUGGGUUAUUUGCAUCACUCAUUCUUAGACUCCUUGGUCUGGUUGUCACUCAGGGAGAUUCCACCAGACUGUCACCCACAACUCUUGGAUGUACUUAUGUCUAAUUUAGUGGAUAGUGUUCACACUACAGCUGCUAAAAGUAUUGGUGAGGAUUCAAAGUAUUUUCUGUUUACAAUGUUAAUGGCUUUAGGCCCCCAAAUGUGUGAUGAAGCAACCAAAAUAUAGAAACUUGCUCA